GGUUUCACAAAUGUAAACUAUCCAGUGUAACUCUGAAGCCUGACGUGGAAAAAAGGACUUCUAUUUUCUGUCCCUCAGGAACAGAGUUAUGCUGAGGACGUGUGAGCAGAUAACAGCCUAAUUCAAAACCUCAGGCCAGAUGUCUUCAGAAUUAUGCUAUCACUCAGAUUAGUCAAAGCAUAAACAAACACUUGUGACUGACGUAGCUACUUCAAAUAGGCUGAUGCCUCGGUCAGCGCGACUCAUUUCGGAACAGGCUGAGAGAAAGCAGAAUCAAAAUGAAGACGUUUCUUGUGUGUGUCUCCGUUUUGAUCCUGAUGACCACUUUUACAGACACUUCCCCAGUUUUGGCUGGAAAAGAUGCCAAACAGAUUCUGAGAACUCGCCGUGGAGACAGACCGAGAAAAGCUGGUUUCCCUGAUGAGCCAAUGAGGGAGUACAUGCUUUACCUCCAGCGCCUGGAGCAGAGAGCAGAAGAACAAUUCCUUGAACACUGGUUGAAUCCGCAUUGCGUCCCACACUGCAACAGGGAUCUGGUGCAUCCAAUCUAAUGGUCUUGCCUACCCCACAAAUGGUAGAUAGAUUUAUUUUGCAGUGCCUGUUUCUUUCUUUGUAAUAAAGGGCAGAGCCACAAACAGGAAGAGGAGAGAAUAAUCAGUGGCUGGAGGAAGUACCUUGUGCUAAAAGGUGUCUGGCGACAGAUUAGUGGCAGGGAACAUAAGUGUCCUUGGCAUCAACUGUGUCACUGCAGUCUGUUGCUGUUACUAAAACAUGUGGUUAUCAAUUUCUGUGCUGGAUCUAAGUUGGUGACCACAAAACAUUCUUAAUAAUGUUGCUUCAGACUGCUCCUCUUUCUUUCCCGUCUGCUCGUGCUCCUUUUCCAACUCAUCUGUUCAAGUCUUGGACUUGUUCACUUAGCUCUCUGGAGGACUGUGGCAGGAUAUGUAAGAUGCAGUCUGACCUGCUAGGAGCUCAGCCUGUUCUGCAGUAUUCUCAGCUGAAAUAAUUUGCUGACUGCUGACUUUUUAGAUGGAAUUCACUAUUUAGUACACAUUCUGGCAAACCUUAACAUGGAACAUUCUCUCAGAGCUUGCAUGGAUUAUUAGUUCUGUGCAUAGUUUUCAACAUCAGUGUAAUAGAUGCCAUCAUUUGCUUUAUUGCCUCUGUUUAUCACAUGCAUCAUAGAAUUUAAUGGGAAAAUAUGUUCCAAAGCACAGCUCAGAAACCAGGCACUACUAACAAGCCAAUUGGUGACAAAAUGACACAUCCCAUUAGUACUCCAUGCAAACUGGUUUCUGAUAUGGUCAUCCUUUUUCCUUAUGUGUUUUGCAUGGAGCAUCAGCUUAUCGCUACAUUAAAAAAAAGGGAUGCAUUGAGG